UCCAGUUUAUUUCUUGAGAAUGAUUCAGGUCUCAAUUGAGGCUAGCUUUACAUUCAUUACAAGGCACCCAUUAAUUUCUGGUGUUCUGUUCAUAUUGUGCAUCCUAUAUUUUUUCCUCUCUUAUAUUUAUCACUUUCUAGUCUAUCUGUCCCCAUUUCUGGUCUGCGCUGCCAUUUUUGUAAGAAUCUUUUGGAGUUCUGAGGAAGGCCAGCUCAGUUAUAACAAAAAGGAUAAGAAGAAAGAAGAAACGACAAAAAGGGAAAAGCAUCUUUAUAAAUUGCCUAGUUAUGGGAAGCGCGACAUGCUUCUCGAAAGAAGAUAUUCACCUAGAAAUGCUACGAGCAGAAGGCGAAAUUUCACAGAUAAGAAAUGGGACGUGCAAGAUGCCGCUGUGGAAGCAGAAGGCAAGGAAUCAUCAACUGUAGAAAGUUGUCAUUGUGAGAAGAAAGAUGCUAAAUCUAGUGAGAAUGAAGUGGAUUCCUCCAAUUUAGCAGAAAAAUUGCAGAACACUGAUGCACAAAUUUCGCCCUUACAAUCUGAAGCUUCGAUUAGUGAGCUGGUUAAAGCUUCUGAUUCUGAUCAACAAAAUAACAAAUCAGAUGGUUGUAGCAAUGGACUUGCGUUCGAGAAACGAAAAAAUUCUUCCGAUUAUGAGGGAAAAUCCCAGGAUACUGAUGCACAAGUCGGGCCUUCAGAAUCGGAGCCUUCGCUUAGAGACCAAGUUAAAACUUCUGAUUCAGAUCAACAAAAUAACAAACGGGAUAGUUGCAGCGGUAAGCCUGCCUUCGAGAACGAGGACACGGCGGAGGCAAAAGAAGAGAAGGAAGAGGAAGAGGAAGAUGAGGGAGAAGGAGAAGAAUCACAGGAUGAAGAAGAAUCGCAAGAGGAAACGAACAAAGCAGUAGAAUGGUCGAAAGACGAUCAAAAAAACCUGAUGGAUCUAGGGAUUUCAGAGAUGGAGAGGAACCGAAGGCUGGAGAGUCUGAUAGCGAGAAGAAGAGCAAGACAACAAAUGAAGCUGCAGAUGGAGCAAGGUCUGGCUGAUUUAAAAACUUCUCCGAGCCGAAUGGCUCCUCUAAACAUCGCAAGAACGGACCCGUUAAAAUCUCCGAGGAAUUACGGAGGAAUAGAAGGAUUAGAGAUACCUGGUUCGGCUCCGUCGGCUCUGCGACCAUCGCGAAACCCUUUCGAUAUACCGUACGAUGCUUCCGAAGAGAAACCAAAUCUCACAGGAGAUAGCUUCCACCAAGAGUUCACAUCGAAGGACAUGACGUUUUGCAGACAUGAGAGCUUCAGUUAUGGCGCUUCAUUACAGUUUGAUGAAGAGUCAUGCCCUUUCUUCAUCAAUGGGAGGAGGAUUUCAGACAGGCUCAGAAGGCUUCCUGACAAGGGAAACCAUGACCUGAUAAUAGAAAAAUUGUUCUCCAAGAGCAUUGAGACUGGCAAUGAUAUAAGUACUGGAGUUAAAGCUCCCAAACCACUCUUGGUCAAAUUCGAAACAACAGACCAAGAGAACACCAAAAGCAAAACUAGCAACAUCUUUGGCCUGAAAUGGAAGAAAUUGCUAGAGAAUGCUAAAGUACAAAAAUCCUUCUCGGAUCACACAAGUGAGUCAAGCUUGAUGGGAAAUACCAAUCAUGAGUUUGUUGAAACCGAUCAGAAGAUCCCAAACAAUGACAAAUUUGGAGUUUCAGAGAAGCCAGAAGAAUCAAAAACUCAUCAUAAGCCUCUUAAUAAAAAGUUCCUCAACUUCCCAAUAGCUACUGGUACUGCUAUGUUUGAGGCCCCACUUGAUUCCCUUUCUUCUCCAACCAGUAAGGACGAGGAAGACAUGCCUUUCCCGGAUAGAUGCAUUUUUCAUGAGCCAAAUUGUUCAAUUGCUUCUGACUUACAAGUAGAGUUCUCAGAAAUUGGCUCACCAACAACACUCACAAUAGAUGGAGAAUCUGUGGUGUUUGAUGGGGAAAUUGAUAAAGAGACAAAAUGA